CUCCGGCUUCAGUGUGAGCCUCAUCCUGCUCUCUUCAACUUCACAUCCAGAGAUCACGAGCGGCCGGCAGCAUGACCAUCAACACACUCAGUCAGGACGGAGUGCAGCGGCAGCAAAUGCCCUGUCUGACCAAGAUGGAGCGCAUGAUCAUAUCCAUGCAGGACCCUGAUAUGGGCAUCAAGUUGCGCAACCAGCGUCUGCUCAUCACGGUCAUACCACACGCAAUGACUGGUGUAGACAUUGUUGAAUGGCUGAUUAAGAAGUUUUCUAUUUCUGAUGAAGAGGCAUUGCACGUAGGACAGCUCUUUGUAAAGUAUGGAUACAUUUAUCCUUUAAAAGAGCCAAGAAACCUUAUUCUAAAAGCUGAUGAUUCACCAUAUCGCUUUCAGACUCCGUAUUACUGGAUGUCGACACGCUGGCCUUCUUCAGAACUGGACUAUGCAAUCUACUUGGCUAAGAAGAAUAUCCGAAAACAAGGAGAACUAAUUGAGUAUGAAAAGGAGUGCUAUAAUGCUUUACAUAAACGUAUCAACCACACCUGGGACUUUGUUGUGAUGCAGGCUAGAGAGCAGCUCAGGGCAUCAAAACAGCGUCGAAAAGCAGAUCGUAUCGUGCUGGAGUGUCAGGAACAAGCUUUCUGGCUGGUCAACAGACCUCCUCCUGGUAUGCUGGACAGUAUAGAUCAUGGACCGGAGAGAAGAACCAUGAACACACGAGUGCAGCUGAAUGCAGAAUUCUACAAAAAAGAGAUUGAACAUAACAGGAUAAGCCUGGCAAGGAAUCGUGUAAAGUCCUCCAUUUGCCUUGAGAGUUAUGUUAAGUACUGUGAGCAGUACCAGCCCCACGACCCCAUAAUGCAAGGAUGUCUUCCCAGCAACCCCUGGAUCACAGAUGAUAUCAUGUUUUGGAACAUGAAUUCUGAAACAGUGACUGUGCCGACUAAACUGCGUGUGGAGCGCUGGAGCUUCAGCUUCAUGGAGCUGCUCAACGACUCAAUGGGAAGAAAAGAGUUUCUCACUUAUUUGGAGAAAGAAUUCAGCGCGGAGAACUUGUGUUUCUGGCAGGCCUGUGAAGACGUUCGUCACGGCGAGACUGCAAAAAUCCCAGAGAAAGUGGAUGAGGUUUACAAGCAGUUCCUGGCUCCUGGUGCAAGCCGCUGGGUGAAUAUUGACAGCAAGACCAUGGAAAAGACCCUGGAAGGACUCAAGCGUCCCCACCGUUUUGUCUUGGAUGAUGCUCAAAUGCACAUUUACUUCCUCAUGAAAAAGGAUUCUUACCCUCGUUAUCUCAAAUCUGAACUGUACAAGAACUUAUUAGCCAGAGCUAUAGUACCACAGGAGACUAAGAAAAGUGUUUUCCCGUUCAUGCGUCGUCAGCGUCACUCCAGCCCCUCGCCUGCCCUCGCCACCCAAACAGCAGAGGAUGAUGGGAAGGCAAAGAACUCUAACGCUGUCAAAAACAAUUCUGGAACGGCAUCCCGGCUUUAAACACGCACACUGCUUUUUUUUGUGCUGUUAUAUUACCUAACACAGUUGUAAGUGGCAUCUGCGUUGCUUCCCGUUGUGCUCUACAAAGCAGAUAUUUCAGAAUAUAACUAAAGGUCAUUAUUUAAUGAGAGUGCUUGAUUCCACUGUUCACAUUUCUCUAUAUGAUACGUAGAAAUACAGCUUUCCAUCCAUUUUAAAGACACUAUUUAUGACGUAGCAAUAAUGCCGUAAGACUUCAGAUACAUUAUCAGCUUUCACCUGUUCCAUGGAUGGCGUUUAUGUCACUUGCCUUUUUCACACAUUUGUCAUGUUUUUAAUGUAUUUAUUUGAUAAUAAAAUGUUCCU